AUGAGGCCCUCGUUGUCUAGGUGGUGUUGCCACAACGGCCUCUUCUUCUUAGACAUAUACCUGCCACCAAAUUACCCCAACCUUCCACCACAAGUCCACUACCACUCACACGACAACUGUCUCAAUCCCAACCUCUAUGCAAAUGGGGUGGUUUGCCUAAGCUGGAUCAACAUAUGGAGUGGCACUAAAGCAGAGAAGUGGACUAAUGGAUCCAACAUUCUUCAGCUUCUUAUGUCAAUCCAAAGCCUUGUGUUGAACUCGAGUCCUUUCUUCAAUGAGCCCAUUUACAAGCUAUGGAAGGACAACAAGCUCUCUACGUGGAUCAAGAGUUCCAAUCAUUACAAUGAGGAUGCUUUCAUUCUCUCUUGCAAGAAUAUGAAGAAGGUUAUUAACCAUCCAUCGCAGAACUUUGGGGAGUUUGUGGUCGAGCAUUUUAGGCAACGUGUAGCCCCGUUGAUUGCAGCCAUAGAUGGUUACCAUCAAGGCCUGGUGUCGGUUGACCAGUUGGGGAUGACAUCAGCAUCAUCUUCGUGUCAUGCACUUCGUAUUUCCUCCAAGUUUAAGAGCAAUUUGAAACGGAUCCGAGGCCAUCUUGAGUCGGCCUUCGCCUCUCGUUCCAUCCCAGUUCCGAGCAAGCCAAGAGCUCUAAGUCGGGUUUCAAGCAAGCCAAGAGCUCCUAGUAAAGACAAGUCUGAAAAGAAGUAUAAAUAG